AUGAAAUUUCUUCUCCCCCUUUGCUUGACCUAUAAUGCAAAAACAAACAUUCGCGAGAAUCGAAGUCCAAGAGAUCGCUGCAAAAUCAUUUUCUGAAUCCUUUUUCUUUAUCCGAAGAAACCGAGCUCGAAUCGCUUCUUUUAGUGCCAUAGUUCCAGAGGAAGAGAAAUGGAUUGGGACAACGUAGCUGCUGAGGAUGUGAUCGAGGCGUUGAGGGAGGUCGAGUGGUCGACUCCUCCUCGUUCUGUGGGCGAGUUCUUCUCCAGAUUCGCCUUCCCUCGCUCCUUCUCCAAAUGGAUGAGUCGCCUCAAAUGCAAUCUCUACUACUAUAGGACGAAUUACUUCAUCUUGGAGAUUCUCGUUCUGAGUCUUGCGCUUAUUACCAGACCAGUGUCUAUACUUGGUGCUGCUCUUACAGCCUUGAGCAUAGCAUUCCUUAACGACAGUUUCGCAGCUAGUUUUAACGAGAAGGUGAUACGAACCGUAAGACAUUUCUCCCCACACUUAGCUGCAAAGAUGAGGCCUCCUCACAUGCCUGUCAUUCGUGGGCGAUCUUUAGCAAGGAAGACAAUUUACAUUUGUGGUCAACCACGCUGGGUUCUCGUCUUUAUUUGCUUAGCCGUUAGUUUUGUCCUGUGGUUUUCUUCAUGUGGAUUGUUGUGGAUCCUCUAUACAAUUCUUGCUGGCCUUCUCGCAAUCAUUCUUCAUGCGAGCCUCAGAACUCCAAACCUUAAGGCACGCUUGAAUACAUUCCGUGAAGAGUUCCGUGCUGUCUGGCGUAACUACAGUGAUCUCUGAGUCAUAGGAGAGCUACAAAUCUAGGAAGCAGACUCAGCAGCCGUUAAGGCUUCAAGUAAGGACAGGUCUUCACCUCACAGUUGCUCCAAGGUAUUGAAGUUGAACCGUCGAUUAGUUAAGUGAACGAAUUCCUUUCUUUUAUGACAGAUAAUGAGUGUCCAUAGUAUGAGAUGGGCAUGGGUCUUGUGUUUUAGAUGAUUAUGGCCGUUAAGUCACAGACAGAAUGUAUAUGCAUUGGUCUUGAGGCUGGUUGUAAUACUUGAGUAUCAUGUACUUGACCGAGUUACUUUUGAUUGUUCUAGUGAAAAGUUCAUACC